UUUACUUGCAUUUCUUUUCCUGCAAAACUUCUACGAGAAGCUUCAUCGUUCAUCUUCUGUUCGUGAACUGUGGUAACAACUGGGGAUCUCUACAUCAAAUCUUUCAAAACCGAAAUCAGGUACUGUACCCAAGCUUCUGAUUUCUGAUUUAAUCGAAGUGUUUCUCUCCUUUCUACCUUUCUGUGAUUGAUUUAGAGUCCUUUGAAGGAAGUUAGGGUUAGAGGGGAGAAAGAUCUUGAAUGUGCAACAAAGGGGGUUUUUGUUUGUGUUUUUUUUUUUUUUUAUUUCCUGACUUAUUCCUCCCCCCUACUUCGUGCAGAGUCUGAGAAAAUGUCGUCAGAAAGAACAGAAAGUAUAGUAGGGAGUGAGGUGGAACCCUUGGACUACGGGGGGAUGGACACAGAGAGUAGUCCAUCUCCAACUAGUUCAAAUGAAACAGUGGAGGGGGUGAGAGAGGAUGAAGUGGUGGAGGUUGGGGGGGAUGAGGUGGUAGAGGUUGGGAGGAAUGAGGUGAUGGGGGUUGGGGUAGAUAGCAUACCCAUCACCGUAGUAGAAGUAGAAAGUAAUGGGGAGAGAGGUUAUGAUAGGAAUGCAGAAAUAGUGGAGGAAAUGAAGCAGUACCGAUCUGAACUAAGGACCAGGGAUGACCUGUGUCACUUAGUAGAGACGUACGAGAUCUCUUCCCGGGUAUUAGUUAGGCCAGCUGGGGUAGAGGAGAGGGCGUGUUCUGCUCCUCGGGAUCACUGGAUGCCUGUGUAUUCCCACUAUUUAAUGGCGGGACUCAGGUUUCCACUUCCUGAGUUGCUAAUAGGUUUACUUUUAGAUUAUAACAUAGGGUUGACACAGUUGGUCCCCAACGCAAUGAGGGGGGGUAGCAGGAGAGAUAAGGGGUGGUAUUAUUUCACCCUGAGGGUAGCUAAUAAGGAGGGUAGAAUUUUGUUCAUUGCGGGUCCUUCAUCCAUCAAGGGAUGGAAGGAAAAAUUCUUUUUUGUUGAUGACACAGAGUGGGGGAAAGGGGAUGCCGAGGUGAGGGCAUUAGCUUCCUGGAAGGCCAAAAGGGCUAACCAGAAUAAGUUUAGCUUGAAUAAGGAUGAGGAGGAGGAGGUGGGGAGGUUGGUGAGGAAGAGGGGGGAAGAACUGAAUAUCUUGGACCUCACCAGCGCAGCGUGUAUAGAAGCUGCUGAGCUCUAUAGGCCAAGCGCCCUAAGUGAAGCUGACAUGGAUCAAUUUUUGAACACUGCUGGAGGGAAGGCCAUCCCCAAGAAGCCAAGGAAGAAGUCAAGGACUUCGACCAAGCAAGUGGAUGAGGGGAAUGUGGGGAAAGAGGUGGUGCCCUUGGCGUCAGCUGGGACAGAGGAAGAGGUAGCACCACUAAAAAGAAAAGGUUGGGAGGAGAGGAGGGCUCUGCAAAAGAAACAGAAGGUGGUGGAGGAAGAGGGGAGUGGGGUGCCUGAGUUCGUACCUCAACCUCCUCCUGUUGAGCUGGACCCCGAGCUCAGACAGUUGGAGGAGGGGGCUGAGGUACGGGCUCCUGGUAAGGGGAAGGGCCCUGUUUCCCCUGCGGUGCCUCAGAGCAGCCUGUUCGAGGCAAAGAACACGAUGGGGGCUAGGUGGUUCAUCAACAGCACCUUCCCCGAGGUGGACAAGCGCCAUGCGCGGGAGGAAGCUCUGAGGUACGGGGCGGCAACUGUUGUGAAGCACGUCCUUGAGAGCGCGAGCUGGGUGAAUGGUCUAGCCCAGGAGUUCAGAGAUAGUGUCAAGGACCGUGCGCUCUUGCAGAGGCAGUGUAACCAGCUGCAAAAGGAGAAGGAAGAGCUGGAGAAGAAGAAUAAGGAGCUGCAAGGGUCGCUGGACGAGGUGGUGCCAACUGUGAAGCAGUUGGAACAGGAGAGGGCUUCCCUGGGCACCAAGCUCGGCUUUGAGGAGACCAAGCGAAAGAUCUCUGAAAGCGAGCGUGAGGCUCUGGCGCAAGAGUUAGAACUGACAAAGGAGGCUUUCUUGGAGCUGAAGGGGAAUGUGCAGACCCUAGUGCAUAAUGGGAUGAAGGAGCACAUCAGCAACUUCAUCAGCUCCAGCUCAUUUGACAACAUCGUCAACCUCUACCGAUUGCCAACUGCCAUCAUUGCCUUCACGGACUGCAGAAAGAAGGUGAAGACUGUUUAUCCCGAAGUGGAUGUUACAAGGAUCACCUUCGGAGAGCAAGAAGCUGGAGUGGAGGAAGAUGGUGAAAGUAUGUCAGCAGACUUCCGCCCAGAAAUCAAACUGAAAUGGGAUCAUGAUGCUGAUGGACGCACUGUUUUUCCUCCGAACUUCGAUUUCGAGUUCGUGGCAGUGGAGAAAGAAGGGGCAGAGGUAGAGGAAGACGAGGUGGAGGCAGGAGUGGAAGGAGCUGGAGUGGAUGAGGGCCAACCAAUUCCAGAAGUGGAAAUUCACCCAGUUCCUUCUGAUGAUGAUCAGCCUCCCCUGCCAGACGAGCAGCAGCCAAGACAGCCACCUCUUCCAGCUGAAGAGGAGCCAGUGGAGCCACCUCCUCCAGCAGAGAAUUAGC